GCGGUGUCUGCAGUAGAGAUGCUGAAUUCCUCUCAGAAGCUAUAAAGCAGUGUGGAUGGUUUUGGGGUAUUCCCUGAAGACACUCUAAGACGCUGUGGCUCAGAGGUGGAGAUGCUGAUCAGAUUUUACACAGGUGGUGAAUCCCAGACUCAGAUUGAUGAAAGUGUCUCUUUUGUAAAAGCUAACAACAGCUAUUGUUCAACAGAUACAAAGGUUGAGCUGUUCACUUACUCUGAUACCCUUCUCCCUUCCACAUCCCUUCCCACAAAAGGACUGCGUAGACUCUCCAAACCCAGGCAAGGGUUAUACAGACCAAUCUGGAUCCUCAAAACUAAAGGAUUGGAAUCCAGAAUCGUCAGUGCAGCACAGGAUGAAAGAUGCAAGGGUCUGUCAGGAGUCCAGAAACUCAUUGACCUUUUAUACACACACACUAAUUACAAGAAAACAGAUCACAGUACUCAAGUUGAACAGAGAGGGCACUGCGACUGAAUAUCACAGAACUACAUGUCCCAGAAUGACUUUCUGCAUAACAAACAUGUCUGCACCCAGCAAAUCAGGAAGAGUCAGCAGAUCUUAAACAGCAAACUUACUCAGGGGUUCGUUGUUAGAUAACAAUUUCAUCAUGAAGCAGAUUAGUAUAUCACUUGUUCAGAGGUCAAGAUGUACUCUCUACCAUAUGGUAAUACCAUGUAUAGCUCCAUCCCACUUCAUUUCAGGUCUUAUAAACUAUUCAACUUACAAGUACAGAAGAAGCAUUAAAGAUUGUUAUAGACUCCUGAACAUUCAUGAAGGUUGUUCUAUUGACGAAGUAAGGGAUUCUUAUAAAGAUUUGGCAAAGAAGUACCACCCAGACAGUGGCUCCAGUACUGCUGAUGCAAACACGUUUAUACAAAUUGAUGAAGCAUACAGAGAUUUGCUUAAUCACCUAAGUAGGGAAGCUAAAGAAUCAGAAGGUCAAGAAGAUUUAGAAAAGACAACGUCAAAUUAUAAAACACCCCAGCACAGGCAAUACUUAACUUUUGAAGGUGUUGGCUAUGGAACACCAAGUCAACGGCAAAAGCAAUAUACACAAUUCCGUGUAGAUCGAGCUGCUCAACAAGUUUUGGACUUUCGCACGCAGAAACUAGAAAGCCAAAAUGAAGAAAACACAAUGAUCGCAAAAGACAUAAGACAGAGUAAAAAAACUAAAAUAACCCAAGCCAUUGAACGUUUGGUGGAGGACCUCAUCCAGGAGUCAAUGGCAAAAGGAGACUUUGAUAAUUUAAGUGGCAAAGGAAAGCCGUUACAAAAGUUCUCUCAUUGCCCACAUAUUGAUCCAAUGACUCAUAACCUCAACAGGAUACUGAUAGAUAAUGGUUACCAACCUGAAUGGAUCCUACUGCAGAAAGAAAUUCGGGAAACUAUUGAGAAGUUAAGAAAUGAAGUGUUGGCUUCAAGGAAAAAGUUAGGUGACCCACUCACUCCUAGAAAGAAGGAACAAUGGCAGGAGAAAUGUGAGGAUUUAAGAGAAGAUAUAACACAGCUAAACAAAAGAAUAAAUGACUUUAACCUUGUAGUUCCACUUCUUAACAUACAGAUGGUUCAUUUUAAUGUAGAUAAAGAGAUUGCUCGUGCAGAAAGAGCGUACACUACUUUUAAGGAAGCAGUGCAGAAAGAUAGUGAAGGAAUUAAAAAAGAAGAAUGCUUGGCUGAUAACCAACUGUAUUCUAAAGCAAGUCUACUGACCUGGAUAAAAACUUUGAAAAUGUUCUGAUAUAUUAAAUGGGACAUUUUCCAUAUCAUAUUCAAAAGUCUUUCAAUUUUGUUCCAUAAAUUAUUAGAACAUUGAUGUAUUUUUUGUUAAUAAUUUAGUGAUUUUCUCCAAACAUUGAAUUACCUUAGAAUUUGUAAUUAGUUAAUGCAGAAUGUAAGACUAAGCAUGAACUAGUUAGAUCCAGUCAUUAACUGAAUAUGUAGAAGUUUACUAUCUGAAGAUGAAAAGCAUCAGGUUCAUAAAAUAUUAUUUAAAGGAAAGGUAAAGUCCAACAUUUUCUAUCAUGUGUUUGUAAAGGACAUUAAUAUAUUUGUGUAUAAAUGAAGAGUAUAUAUCAGCAAUCAAGAACUGAAUUUAAAAUCAUCUGUUUGCAAAAUAAACGUUUUAAAAGCA